AUGACCACAGUAUCGCUCCUUCAAAACUCCUUGAAGGUCAUGAAUUUAAGUGAUAUCCCUGACUACUUCCAGUCGCCAUACUUCAACAAACUGAGUACCAGAACGGUAUUUCGGGCAAUAGUAUCACGAUACUUAUGGGAAGCCGUCCUUUCGAGUAUGCCACGGGAUAUCGAACAUUUUCGAGCCACUGUACGCCACAUGCAAGAUCUGUGA